AUGUCUGAUCCUGAUCCCGUGGUGGCGUCCAACGAGGCCGGCAGCGAGGCGACCGGCGGUGCGGCCGAGAGCAAGGGCAAGCGCAAGGCGGCGUUCCAGGUCACCCGCGAGCGCGGUUUCCGCGACGACGACGAUGAGGACAAGCCGGUGGAGUACGGGAUUCAGAAGGCGUCAGCGGAGGAGCUGGCGAAGCGCAAGAUCGUGCGUGUCAAGUACAAGCGGCCGGCUGGGGCGGCCAGUGUGCCGGCGCCGUCGAGCAACCCGUUUGCGGGCGUGGCGCUGAAGAAGCCGACGGUAUCGGCCGGGGCUGCCAAUCCGUUUGCGGCGGUGAACCUCAAGAAGAAGAGUGGCGAGGAAGGAGCGGCGAGCUCGAAGAAGCGCGGGCGCGAGGACAAGGAUGAGGGCAAGGCCGGGCCGAGCGGCAGCGGCGAGGCCAGCGAGAGCGCCAAGAAGAGCAAGCCGCUGGCGGAUCCGCUGAAGAAGCCGUCGUUCUCGUUUGCUCGCAAGGACUCGAGCUCGAGCGGGAGCAAGCGAAGGAGCCAAGGGAAGGAGGAGCCUUCGGCGUCGGAGGAGGUUGUCGACGAGCACACCAAGGACGCGCCCAGCAAGUACAACUUUUCGUUUAACAAGGCCCAGCCCAAGUUCAACUUUUCAAAGUCGUUUGACGCCAAGGCUGUGCUGUUUGGUGGGAGCGCCAAGGCUGCGCCGUCUGUGAACGAGCAUCUCAAGUCUGUCUUUGCCAACGCUGGCUCGGUGUUUGGCAAAAAGAUCGCGCCUCCGGUGGCCAAGGACGCGGCUGUCCCGCUGCUGCUCAAGAAGACGCAGGCCAAGGUCGACAUGAGCGGCGAGGCGCUCUCGACGGGCGAGGAGAACGAGACGUCGGCGUUUGAGGUCAAGUCUAAGGCUUUUGCCUUUGACAAGGAGGCAAAGGAGUGGAAGACCCGCGGGGUGGGCAACCUCUCGCUCAACGUCAACAAGACCGACCAAAAGGCGCGCUUCCUGCUGCGGACGCUUGGCACGCACCAGGUGCUCAUCAACGUGCCCAUCUUCAAGGGCAUGGUGGUUACCAAGCUCGGCGAGAAGGAGGUCCGCGUGGUGACGGUCGAUCCCGAGUCGGAGCCGGCCAACGAGCCGUUGCCGCUGACCUUCCGCGUCGGCCACAAGACGUCUGCUGACGAGCUGCUGGCCAAGAUCCAGGAGAUUGCCGACUCGAUGCCGUCCAAGACCGAGUAA